GUUUGGGCUGCAAUCCUAGUACCGAGGAGGCUAGGAAGCAACGAUGGUGUCGCUGAAGCUUCAGAAGCGUCUCGCUGCCAGCGUACUCAAGUGUGGCCGUGGCAAGGUUUGGCUUGACCCCAAUGAAGGCAAUGAAAUCUCCAUGGCCAACUCCCGGCAAAACAUUAGGAAACUGGUCAAAGAUGGUUUCAUUAUCAGGAAACCAACUAAGAUCCACUCCAGGUCUCGUGCACGUAGAAUGAAGGAGGCAAAAAGAAAGGGGCGCCACUCUGGUUAUGGUAAGCGCAAAGGUACCAGGGAGGCAAGAUUGCCAACAAAAAUCCUCUGGAUGAGGAGAAUGCGUGUGCUAAGGCGCUUGCUCCGAAAGUACAGAGAAUCAAAGAAAAUUGAUAAGCACAUGUACCAUGAUAUGUACAUGAAAGUUAAAGGAAAUGUCUUUAAGAACAAGAGGGUGCUUAUGGAGAGUAUCCACAAAUCAAAGGCAGAAAAGGCAAGAGAGAAGACAUUGUCUGACCAGUUUGAGGCCAAGCGUGCUAAAAACAAGGCAAGCAGGGAAAGGAAGUUUGCUCGGAGGGAGGAGCGCUUGAAUCAGGGACCUGGAGAGAGGUCUGCCGCUGCUGCAGUUCCACCUGCAACUAAACCAGCCGAUGCUGGCAAGAAGUCCAAGAAGUGAAUGAUUUGACAUCUCUUGGAAAGGUGAUGUUGAGGCAUUGUUCCCCCAGACAUCAUAUUUGCAUUAUGGACCUUGGUCAAAAAUUUAUGUUAUGUGCGCUUUCAAUUUAUUAACUGUUAUUUUGGACUAGGGUCCACAAUGCAAGGUAGAUCUUGGUCCAUGAUAUAAUUUGUCAAAUUGCUAUAUACUUUGAAACCAAAAUUCUGUUGUUUAAAAUGAACAAAUUGGAAAGGUGAUGUUGAGACAUUGUUCCCCCAGACAUCAUAUUUACUGUUUUUUUGGUCAAUUUUGUUGUUAAAACACUGGUUGAAUGAUUCUGUUAUUGUAAUACAUACUUUGUGCCACCUAAUGUGCUUCAUUAUCUUUGUGAUUUUUGUCUUCACUAGAAGGUAACGGGAAAGUUUUGCUUGACAGAGUGACGGUUGGAUUAAUUUUAUUUAUUUUUCUUGAUC